AUGGGGAUCUCUACGGUCAUCCUUGAAAUGUGUCUAUUAUGGGGACAAGUUCUACCUACAGGUGAGUGGAUCCCAAGUACUACAGACUACGGUUCUCUGAUUCCCUCGGAGACGUCCCCGGAGGUAACAUCAGUAGAAGGUUCUGUGUUUCCCUCGGAGACAACCCUGGCGUCAACUAUAGCAGAAGGGCUACCGUUAAUGAGCUCCUCCUUUCUCCACCCUGCAGGUUCUGUGUUUCCCUCAGAGGCGCCCCUGGAGUCAACUGUAGCAGAAGGAUCUGGUUAUGGUUUGGCCCUGAGGCUGGUGAAUGGAGAUGGCAGGUGUCAGGGUCGGGUGGAGGUUCUGUAUCAAGGCUCCUGGGGCACCGUGUGUGAUGACAGCUGGGACACCAAUGAUGCCAACGUGGUCUGCAGGCAGCUGGGUUGUGGCUGGGCCACGUCAGCUCCAGGAAAUGCCCGGUUUGGCCAGGGCUCAGGACCCAUUGUCCUGGAUGAUGUGCGCUGCUCAGGGUACGAGUCCUACCUGUGGAGCUGCCCCCACAAUGGCUGGCUCUCCCAUAACUGUGGCCAUAGUGAAGAUGCUGGUGUUAUCUGCUCAGCUGCCCAGCCUCAGUCGACGCUCAGGCCAGACAGUUGGCCUGUCAGGAUAUCAACUGUAUCCACAGAAGGAUCUGAAUCCAGUUUGGCCCUGAGGCUGGUGAAUGGAGGUAACAGGUGUCAGGGCCGAGUGGAGGUCCUAUACCGAGGCUCCUGGGGCACUGUGUGUGAUGACUACUGGGACACCAAUGACGCCAAUGUGGUCUGCAGGCAGCUGGACUGUGGCUGGGCCAUGUCAGCCCCAGGAAAUGCCCUGUUUGGCCAGGGCUCAGGACCCAUUGUCCUGGAUGACGUGCGCUGCUCAGGACACGAGUCCUACCUGUGGAGCUGCCCCCACAGUGGCUGGCUCUUCCACAACUGUCAGCACAGUGAAGACGCUGGUGUCAUCUGCUCAGUUUCCCAGUCCCAGUCGACACCUGGUCCAGACACUUGGCCGAUCUCACAUGUAUCAACAGCAGAUUCUGAAUCCAGUUUGGCCCUGAGGCUGGUGAAUGGAGGUGACAGGUGUCAGGGCCGAGUGGAGGUCCUAUACCGAGGCUCCUGGGGCACCGUGUGUGAUGACUACUGGGACACCAAUGACGCCAAUGUGGUCUGCAGGCAGCUGGACUGUGGCUGGGCCACGUCAGCCCCAGGAAAUGCCCUGUUUGGCCAGGGCUCAGGACCCAUUGUCCUGGAUGACGUGCGCUGCUCAGGACACGAGUCCUACCUGUGGAGCUGCCCCCACAGUGGCUGGCUCUUCCACAACUGUCAGCACAGUGAAGACGCUGGUGUCAUCUGCUCAGCCACCCAGAUAAAUUCUACUACGACAGAUUGGUGGCAUCCAACAACUACAACCACUACAAGACCCUCUUCAAAUUGUGGUGGCUUCUUAUUCAGUGCCAGUGGGACAUUCUCCAGCCCAUCCUACCCUGCAUACUACCCCAACAAUGCUAAGUGUGUUUGGGAAAUAGAAGUGAAUUCUGGUUAUCGCAUAAACCUGGGCUUCAGUAAUCUGCAGUUGGAGGUGCAGUAUAACUGCAGUUUUGAUUAUGUUGAAAUCUUUGAUGGAUCAUUAAAUAGUCACCUGCUGGGGAAAAUCUGUAAUGAUACCAGGCAAAUAUUUACAUCUUCUUACAACCGAAUGACUAUUCACUUUCGAAGUGACAUCAGUUUCCAAAACACCGGCUUUUUGGCUUGGUAUAACUCCUUCCCAAGCGAUGCCACCUUGAGGUUGGUCAAUUUAAACUCAUCCUACGGUCUAUGUGCCGGGCGUGUUGAAAUUUACCAUGGUGGCACCUGGGGAACAGUUUGUGAUGACUCCUGGACCAUUCACGAAGCUGAGGUGGUCUGCAGACAGCUGGGGUGUGGACGUGCAGUUUCAGCCCUUGGAAACGCCUAUUUUGGCGCUGGCUCUGGCCCCAUCACCCUGGACGAUGUAGAGUGCUCAGGGACGGAAUCCACUCUCUGGCAGUGCCGGAACCGAGGCUGGUUCUCCCACAACUGUCAUCACAAUGAAGAUGCUGGUGUCAUCUGCUCAGGAAACCCACUAUCGACACCUGCUCCUUUUCUCAGUGUCACCCAUCCAAACACAAAUUAUUCCUGUGGAGGCUUCCUGUCCCAACCAUCAGGGGACUUUUCCAGCCCAUUCUAUCCCAGGAACUAUCCGAACAAUGCCAAGUGUGUGUGGGACAUUGUGGUGCAAAACAACCACCGUGUGACGGUGAUCUUCAGAGAUGUCCAGCUUGAAGGUGGCUGCAACUAUGAUUACGUUGAAGUUUUCGAUGGCCCCUACCACAGUUCCCCUCUCAUUGCUCGAGUUUGUGAUGGGGCCAGAGGCUCCUUCACUUCCUCCUCCAACUUCAUGUCCAUUCGCUUCGUCAGUGACCACAGCGUCACGAGGAGAGGGUUCCGGGCUGAGUACUACUCCAGUCCCUCCAAUGACAGCACCAACCUGCUCUGUCUGCCAAAUCACAUGCAAGCCAGCGUGAGCAGGAGCUACCUCCAAUCCUUGGGCUUUUCUGCCAGUGACCUUGUCAUUUCCACCUGGAACGGGUACUACGAGUGUCGGCCCCAGAUAACGCCGAGCCUGGUGAUAUUCACAAUUCCCUACUCAGGCUGCGGCACCAUCAAGCAGGCAGACAAUGACACCAUCGACUAUUCCAACUUCCUCACAGCAGCUCACGUGGCACCAUCACAUGGCAUCAUCACAAGGAGGAAGAACUUCCGUAUUCACGUCAGCUGCAGGAUGCUUCAGAACACCUGGGUUGACACCAUGUACAUUGCUAAUGACACCAUCCAGGUCGAGGAAGUCCAGUAUGGCAAUUUUGACGUGAACGUUUCCUUUUAUACUUCCUCCUCUUUCUUGUAUCCUGUGACCAGCCACCCUUACUAUGUGAAGCUGAACCAGGACUUGUACGUUCAGGCUGAGAUCCUCCAUUCUGAUGCUGCACUGACCUUGUUUGUGGACACCUGCGUGGCAUCACCAUACUCCAAUGACUUCACGUCUUUGAAUUAUGAUCUAAUCCGGAGUGGAUGCGUGAGGGAUGACACCUACGGAGCCUACUCCCAGCCGUCUCCUCGCAUUGCCCGCUUCCGGUUCAGGGCCUUCCACUUCCUGAACCGCUUCCCCUCCGUGUACCUGCAUUGUAAAAUGGUGGUGUGCAGGGCAUAUGACCCCUCUUCCCGCUGCAACCGAGGCUGUGUGAUGAGGUCCAAGAGGGAUGUGGGCUCCUACCAGCAAAAGGUGGACGUUGUCCUGGGUCCCAUCCAGCUGCAGAGCCCCCCACGCCUAGAAGAGGAGCCUCAGUAG